UUGGCACUUCGCCACGUUCACGAACGACGAUGGCGGCGCCGCUCAAGACCCAAGAAGAACUCAUGACCAAGGAGCGAUCAUUCAUCUUUGAAACACGCGUCGAGGAUGCCAAGCAAUGUAAAGAGCUCGGUGCCGAAGCGCACAAAGCGAACGAGAGGAAUCGCGCGAUUCAGUUCUACGAACGCGCGCUGUACCACGUCGACUUUGACGAAGCAACGUGGGCCUUUGAGCUUCUCGACAACCAUCGCGACGUCGUGAAUGACGUGCGACUUCCAGGUAAUAUCCUUCAGCGUAUCUAACAGGGGUUCCACGCGCAUCCGUGCAGUGUACUUGAACUUGGCAGCAUGCCACCUCGCCCUCGACAACGGCGACAUGAAGAAAGUGUUGGAGUACUGCGAGUUAGCUCUGCAAAUAGACAAGGACAACGUCAAAGCGCUGUAUCGCAAAGGCCAGGCAUAUUUAAACACGAACGAUUUGGACGCAGCUGCCGUCGUAUUAAAGAAAGCCGCGUCGUUGAACCCCACAGACAAGGCCAUCCGUCAGGCAUGGACGACGUGCAAAGAGAGGUUGGAAGUGGCGAAAGCCGAGGACAGGAAGCGAUGGGGUGGCCGCUUGCUCGACGAAACCUCGAAGAAGGCCGACGUAGUCACCGAGGACGAUGAUAGCCACGGCAGUCCCAGCUCGUACACAAACCAACCGGCCCCAGUGGCGUCGCAGGGCUCCUCCGCCAUAUGGGCCAUCGCAGGGCUCCUACCUGCUCUGGCGGCCCUUGUAGCAUUUUUCAUAUGGGGACGCUAGUACACAAGUCGCUAGCCCUCCUUGCAGACGUUCGAGAAGCGGAUGCCGCCACGGAGACCGCUAGAAUACACGAGAAGCGCAAUGACUCACUGCGAAAUCCUUGGGAUGUAUUGGAAUGGAUUGGCUUAUGUUUAGUACUCGAACACCUUGACUUUGCUCAAGUGCUUGUCUUCGCAUU